GCGAGGUUCUGUGGCCAUUUGUGUGUAACCUUCUCAGCGCUCGACACGCGCACCACACAGCUCGCAGUGUUACAGUGCACUACACGUACAGUUACGGACAACUCAAACUUAAAGCUAUGAAUAUCUCCAUACAUCUGGCUGUGGCGGUGGCGGCGGCGGCCUGCCUCUGCGUGGUGGCCGCGGCUCCCGAGGGUCGUAUCGCUCGCACCAAGCAGCAGCGACCGACGCGCGGUUUCAAGAACGUCGAGAUGAUGACCGCUAGGGGCUUCGGCAAGCGUGACAGGCCACACACCCGGGCUGAACGGGACGUAGAACAACAUACGCCGACGAGCCGAGCGCAACGCGGCACGCCCACGUUUAAGAGUCCCACUGUUGGGGUCGCGAGAGAUUUCGGUAAACGAUCCCCGGAGACCGAGACUGAAGACCAAAACAGCUUUGAGGGUCACGCUCGCAAGAAGUUUAACCCCAAAAGCGAUCUCAUGGUAGCCUAUGACUUUGGCAAAAGGAGUGGUAAUGACGAAAGCAAUGACGAAGAGGAAGAAAUAAGAGUGACCAGGGGGACGUUCAGACCCAACUCAAACGUACUUAUCGCCCGGGGCUACGGGAAAAGAGCCCGUUUGGCAAAGAACGAUGGAGUGUACGGUCUGGACAACUUCUGGGAGAUGCUAGAGUCACCCGAGAGGGAGGGACAGGAAGGUGGUGAUGAGAAGACUCUCGAAAGCAUUCCCCUGGACUGGUUCGUAAACGAGAUGCUGACCAACCCGGACUUCGCGCGAUCUGUUGUUCGCAAAUUCAUUGAUCUCAAUCAGGACGGCAUGCUAUCAUCAGAAGAACUACUGCGGAACGUGGUUUAAACAUAUUUAAUUGUUAAUAACUGGAGUAUCUACGUAUUGUUUAUCUGUUACAGCCUUCAUAUUUAUGUAUAGCCUUUUAUUAUCUUUCAGUUACAGAAAUUGUAACGUUACUGUGAUAUCAAAAUAUCUUGGCAAACAAAAAAAACUUAAAAAAAAUCCUUCCUUCAUUAAAUGUUAAUUUUAAGCGGUAUUGUUGUUCGGAUAUAUUGAUUGUUGUAAAUAAUUUAAAGUAUAAUGUCGAUGGCAUAAGAAUUGUCUGUCCAUAGAGAUACUCUUUAUAUCUAAAAUGUAGAUUAAUGUUUGUUAUUGUAACUUUUUUUUCUUCAGUCAUAAAAAAUGAUAUACUCAUGUAGAUUUAACUGUUUUCUUCAUAAUUUUGACUUUGAGUGCAAACUCAGCUGUAUCGUUGACAACCCUCGGCUAACGUUCUGUUAGUGUCUCUACAUUCCACUAGACGGUGAUGGAGACAGCAUGACACUUAAAGGCGUCUUUUGACAAAGCGACUUAUGAAAUACAGCUGUUAAUACUACCAUCUGUUAGAUACUCAAAAUCUUUAAACUUGUACUCGGUCAGGUUACGAAGCCAAUCGUCUUAUCCUUACCAAUGAUAUCGUAGUUUCAGAGUAAUUUAAGAGGUACAAGACUAAAUGUAUUUAGUAUUAGAUUUGAUUUGAUUCUUAUUCAUGUUUCUAUAUGUUUCGAUGUGAUCUUCACUUUAUCUAAGGGGAAAGGCGAGUCUUAUAGUCAGUGAAUUCUUUAAUUUAGGCUGGGACAUUCUACCUAUUCAUGUCAAUUUUCAUAUAUGGAAUUAUAAAGAUAUAUUGGAGUCUUAAAUACUCUCUCUACAUACAUACAUGUAAUUAAUAUUGUAAUGGAUACUAUAAAAUAUUUUUAGGCGAUAAAUUAUUCAAAAACUGAAUGUUUGGAUACCCAUUAUAUAAUUAGUUCGUUAAUUACCACUGUCGACGUUAUGGAUGAAAUAAAAUAAAUAUAUCGGGUAUCGAAGUUGUUUUUCUUUUACUUCAUAUACACUAGUGUACCUUUUUUGUAGAGAAAUCUACAAAGACCCUAGCUAUAUGUUGGCUACAAUAAUAUAUUGAAGGGGGCCUAUGUUCUAGCAUGGACCGCGAUAGGCCAAGUUGAAUGCUUUAUUUUACUUUUCUAGGACACUGCAGAUCGCCAGGGCAUACUAUUCGUUCUCACACUUAACACUCCUUAAGCACACACAAGUCAGUCAAUAAUAAUGGAAUUUAAUUAAAAUUAAAUGUAACAGCUUCAACCCCAGAAUCUAAAAAUCAACCAUGCUAGCAACUUCUGGUCUUUAGGUCUUUAUUAUCUAACUUGGAGAACGCGACAGCGAUAUCGUUGUAAAACUGACAUAGUUUUUUCGUACAAAUAUAAAUCUUGUCAACAAUUUUGCUGUUGCCCAGGUUUUAUAAGUUAGAUAAUACCUCUACGCGUUUAUUAAUUAAAUUUUGGUUCGACAUUUCAGCACCUUUGUAACUGGUGAGAAAGUCUGUUUCAAAUGGGUUCAUUUUAAUAUCUAACAUUAAAGUGAGCUUCAGAUUUAGUCUAAUAAAUAUUUUUUUAAGAAUAAAAUAUUCAAUACUUCAUCUCCUUUGUCGCUACACUCUAUGUAGAGUGGUUGUGAUCGAUAUAGCAGACUUGUGGCAAGCUUAACUAUUCGUCA